GCCGACAUCUACGUCUGGAGUACCUUGAUGUCUUCGAGGAGUUGAAGGCCAUGAAUAUGGUACCUACAAUGCGGACAUGUCCUCAACAGAAAAUAAUUGCAUACGGAUCCUCAGUAGGACCUGCGUCUCCAACUCAGUAGCUAGUACGAGAAGAGUUGGUUGAUCUGGGCCGUGUCCCUGCACCCGCAUCUCAUCGAGAUCGUCUGUCAGUGUGCCUCCACUUACUACUUCCUGGCACACUGGCACUUCUUCGCUGUGCUCGUUUUUCAUCUCUUUCUCGUUUCCUCUUCCCCUUCAACUUCUUCAACUCCUUCGGCUGCCAUAACAUCGCUGCUCAGCCUAGAACUCUCGCCCGUUCUCACUUUACCGCCGACUCCUCAUACAUACCGGGUGUCGGCGACUCGCUCGACCCCGGUCCCCAACAUCCCAACCCACGCCAUCCAAUCGAUAAUUAGGGCGGCUUCUGCGUGGAGGACAGGUCGUAAGAGACAGGGCACACUUCAGAAAAUGAGACUUACAUGGAAAAAGACCAACAACGGCACUCCCAGCGACGACGAUUUCCCUACCACACAAUUCUUUAUUCUCUCAAUAUGUCGGAUCGCCGAACCUGUCGCCAUCACGGCGAUUUUCCCUUACGCCUGGCUCAUGGUCAAAGGCUUUGGAAUGCAUGAUGCUUCCUUCUACGCCGGUAUUCUGAUUGCCUCCUUUUCCCUCUCCGAAUCUCUCACCAGUCUAUUCUGGGGAGGCCUCUCCGACCGAAUCGGCCGAAAGCCGGUGUUGCUCCUCGGAUGUUUUGGCACCAUGUUGUCUCUCAUCAUGGUUGGCUUCUCCACCAACUUCACCAUGGCCUUGGCCGGCAGAAUCAUUGGCGGUGCCUUGAACGGGAAUAUCGGCGUGAUACAAAGCAUUGUGGGCGAGCUGGUCACGAAACCUGAGUACGAGCCCAAGGCAUAUUCUAUCAUGCCCUUUGUCUGGUCAAUUGGUACGAUUAUUGGUCCUGCCAUUGGUGGUCUGCUCGCGGACCCGGCAAAGUCAUACCCAAACCAGUUCUCCAGAGACGGCUUCUUUGGUCGCUAUCCAUGGGCGUUGCCAAACCUGGUUUGUGCUGCCUUCAUGCUCAUUAGCAUCAUCUGUGGGUUCUUCUGGCUGGAUGAAACUCAUCCGGGUUUCCGCCAAGGAGCUGAUGCGACUGUCCACCAUGAUAUCACAGAACAGACACCCAUGAUCAGCGCAGCAGGGGCGAAUGCAGACCCCGGUGUCGACCUCAGGCGUGACUCUUUUGGAACUUUCAAUGAGGUAGAUAUGCCUAAGACCCAGCAUUGGGAGCUCAACCCAGACGGGACAUCGCGGGCCCCCUCCUUGUCUGAAAACGAUCGUGAGAAAUGGCUCACCAAAAAGGUGGUCAUGUUAACGGUGGCACUUGGUCUGUACACGUACCACUCUAUGUGCUAUGACCACCUCCUCCCCAUCUUUUUUCAGGAUCGGCGCAUCGAUCAUGUCACCGUCCUGGGUGCAAGCCCCAUUCAUAUUCCCGGUGGCCUGGGGUUGAAUACCAAAGACGUCGGUGUGAUUUUGUCUGUCAAUGGAGUCAUUGCUCUUUUCAUUCAGGCUGUCAUUUUUCCGUUGGCCGCGGAGCGGCUUGGCAUCUGGCGUACUUUUGUCAUGGUUACCAUUUUACAUCCGGUGGCCUUCUUCAUUGUGCCUUAUCUCGCUCUUCUUCCAGAAAACCUCGUAUACCCUGGGAUCUACACCUGUCUCACCAUCCGAAACCUUCUGUCCAUCCUCGAUUACCCAGUCAUUUUGAUUUUGCUCAAGCAGGCAAGUCCUUCUCUUUCGGUGUUGGGGCGAAUCAAUGGUCUUGCCGCCUCUGCCGGUGCAGCUUGCAGAACAGUUGCACCUCCAAUUGCCGGAUUGCUUUACGGUUGGGGUCAGGAAAUUGGUUUCACCGGUCUUGCUUGGUGGGCUGCUGGCGCGGUAGCCAUUGUCGGAGUUUUUCAGUUAUGGUUUGUUCCGAGGGAAAAGAGUCAGACAACCAUUGUCAAAUCAAUCUUGCCUUGUCUCGAUAAUCCGAAUGAGGAGAUGCCAUCCGAUGUGGUUGAUAUUACAGUUGUGGAUGACGAAGAUGAUGAUGAUUUUCACAUGUAACAAUACUUUACGACGACCGGUACGCUUACUGCUGGUUUUUUGGGAGGGGUUGCCGCGGUUGAUUUCCUUGGAGUUCAGCGAGAAUAAUGAUCGAGUCAAGAUGGUCUAUGGCGCCUUUACGGUGAUGAAUGGGGGCGUGCUAUAGACCAAAUGGUUCAUGGGGUUUCUGCAAGCACAAGACUCGGAUGUGAUCAGGAUCAUGACUCGAGCGUUACGGUCAAAGGCGUCUGGGCGAAAGAGGGAACUCAUGGAAUACAAAGACGAGUACACCAAAAGACUUGAGAUAGAUUAUAGCAAAAAUACAUUCGUUCAGCAAUGAUAGAGGAACUUGAACUGAACUUGGCCA